AUGGAGAGGGGGAAAGAAAGAUCUUGGAGUGAAGUCGGGAAAUACCCCCAGCUGUUACACACCUUGGGGGGGAAAUCGGGCGUGCAAAGGGGACCAAGCGAGGGAAAGGGAGGCGAACAGGGAGCAGGAGAGGCAGGCAGAAUUGCGGAAGUUGCGCUCACGAGUCAGCACACUAGGUUGAGACUUGGUCCUUAUCCGUUACCGACUAACCCCAAUCGGGCAAUGCAUUCCAGCGCUCUCGUGAAUCGCCGUGAGUGGAUAGUAUGA